UUUGCUAGUACUUUCUGCUAUAGCUUUGUAGAGGCAAAUUCUUUUUACCUGGCAUUACCACUUCUGGAACCUCGGAAUUCUUUCUCCUGCAACAAUAAAGCAUGAAGGAUUCACAAAUCUCUGCGGUGGUACUUGUCUGAGUUAAGCUACUGCUGGAUUCUAAUAAACUGUAAUAAAGAUUUAGGGUUGUCAGGCAUCCGGUAUUUAACCAGACAGUCCGGUAUUUCCAUUAGCUGUCCGUUAAUAUCUUUAAAAAAUACCGGACAAGGCUAACUUGCCUGACAAAGAAAACUUUUUUGCCCUUACAGAGCAGUUGCAGUGAGGCACUGGGGAGAGAGUAAAGCUGCUUACUGCAGUGCUCCAUACGAGUGACAUUUCAAUCAUUUGGGAGGAUGAAUAGCUCAGCACAGCAGCCGCUCUUUCUGACCCUGCUGAAUGUGAGGGACAUUAUGUCACGUAAUACCGUAGUUCAGCACUUUCUGAAUCUGGAGUGACGGAGAUUUACAGCCUGCCAGAUUGUAGGAGCCAGCCAGGUUAACCCUUCACCAUGAGGAAAGUGACAUGGCUACAUCAGGAGAUUCAGGCAGCGGGUUGGAGAGAGGUGCUGAGAGCGGCCCGGACUCCAUGGUGUCAGAGGAUGAGCGUCCUUCUACUUCGGGAGUCGUGGCGAUUCCAAACAGGAUCGGUGUGAGAGAUGGUGAGUCCUCAGUUUCAGUGGGGUUGCAGGGUUUCACCUCAUCCUCGGAUGAAUCUGGGUCAGAAAAUGAUAAGGAGCUGGGGUUGCAUGGGAAGGGCAAUAAACGAAUGUAUAAGAUGCUUAGAUGGUUAACUGAAGAGAAGAGAUCAGCAAAAGGGGGUUUGCAUGACCGUUAUGACUAUAUUGCCUCUGAUAGGUCCGAUAGGGCGGCCCAACCCAGACUUCGCGUAAGUGGGGUGGGGAGGCCCGUUAAUCGGAAGGUGGCGCUCCAAGGGGACACUAGGUCCUGGUCUUCCUAUGAUCUGCACGAGCAUUUGAAGACUAAGACAGUGCGGAGAAUUCAAGAGGGGAAGUUUGUUAACAUCUUCGAGCUCUCGGUGGAAGCCCUAAGGCAGAAGGCGAGAGCGGAGGAUGGGACAGGCCCCAGGAAGUACCAGCGCCCAGACACGUUUCACUAGUGGCGCCGUUGUUUCAGGAUCUAUGCGUCUUGCUACUUGCAGAAAUGGCCGGACCAGUGUUUAGCCGUGUUGAAAUACAUGGAAAACAUGGAGAUCAUUGCUGAUAAUUAUCGAGAUGGUGCCUGGCGUGAUUAUGAUGAGGAGUUCCGCAGAAAGAUGGUGGGUAAUCCACUGUUGGAUUUUGGGUGCGUAGAAAUGCAACUCUGGGCCCGGCUGGGUCCCGUGAAAUCGCAAGGUACUUCUGGUUCCCCGGCGGGUGCAACACAGUUUCGAACCGCCAAUAGAUUUCGCAGACGCCCAGCAGGGGUCUGUUGGAAAUUCCAGGACAAACAAUGCACGUUGGGAACCGCGUGUUCCUUUCGGCACCCUUGUCGCAUCUGCGGGGGAUUUCAUCCAGCCGCGGAUUGCGUUAAAAAAGGGGACAAACAGGACAGGACUGGGCCAAGAGGCCCUGCUGUCGCUAAGAGCGGACACCCCGCUGAAGGUGGCCGCAAUUAGUACGUGGCUCACGCUCUACCCCGAUAGGGUGGCGACGGCCUUGUUGGAGUCAGGGCUCCGGGAAGGUUUUGUUAUCCCCGUACAGGGUCCGGUUUCGGGUGCGGCUUCUCGCAGGAACCUGAAAUCUGCCUCCCUGUUCCCGGAGGCAUUGAAGGAGAAAUUGGGUAAGGAGGUUUCACUGGGUAGAAUGGCUGGCCCGUUUAGGGAGAGACCUAUGCCGGGAUUGGUUAUCUCGCCUCUAGGGGUUGUGCCCAAAAAGGACCCAGGAAAAUUUAGGAUGAUACAACAUCUUUCCUACCCAAAAGGAAAGUCAGUUAAUGACGCCAUUCCUCAGGACUUGAGUACGGUAUAUUACCAGUCAUUUGAUGAUGCUUUACAAGUGGUACGGAGAUCGGGUCAAGGGGCAUUACUGGCCAAGCUUGACAUAGAGUCUGCUUUCAGACUCUUGCCGAUCCACCCCGCAUCAUUUUAUUUAAUGGGAUGUUUCUUCAACGGACACUAUUAUGUUGACCGUUGUUUGCCCAUGGGGUGUUCCAUUUCCUGCGCCUAUUUUGAGGCGUUUAGUUCCUUUUUGCAUUGGGCUGUUGCGGAAGUGACAGGGGAAGAUAGGAUUGCUCACUACUUGGACGACUUUCUCCUGGUAGGUAGACAGGAAUCUAGGGAAUGUGAGCUGCUCCUUUACGCCAUGCGGCUGUUGAUGGAGAAGUUUGGAGUCCCCUUAGCAGAAGACAAAACGGAGGGCCCUUGCACGUGUCUUACUUUCCUGGGUAUCGAAAUUGAUUCGGUAGCCCAGGAAUGUAGGCUUCCGGUGGAUAAAGUCCGGAAGAUGUUGACAGAAGUCAGGAGACUCGCAGCGGCACAGUUUUGCACGCUGAAAGAGCUUCAAUCUGUUUUGGGUCUGCUCAACUUUGCAGGGAGGGUCAUCCCGAUGGGGAGGAUUUUCCUGAAGAGAAUGGAGCGCAUGUUGCCGGGAGUUACUUCUCCCAAAGACAAACUAAUGGUUAAUAAAGACAUGAAGGAAGACCAUGUCUGGGAUCUGUUCCUCAGUGAUUUCAAUGGGAUCUGUAUUUGGAGAACCCCUCAGACUCCGGCGCGAGACCUACACCUCUUUACUGAUGCUGCUGGGGGUUUUGGAUACGGCGCCUAUUUCAAUGGUGAGUGGAGCGCCUGAGGAUUCUGGUUUUGAGAUGCCUUAAGCGGAACAUUGAGUUUCGGGCUAGGCAUGUCCCAGGGGUUGAUAACGUUAUUGCUGAUGCACUAUCUCGCUUUCAAUGGGAAAACUUUAGGAAAUGUGCUCCUGAGGCUGCCACUCAUGGCUUUCCCUGUCCCCCUUUUCUUUGGCAGGUGGCUUUGGAUGGCAGUCCCUGAUUCCGGUGCUGAAGGCGUCCCUGGCACCUUCCACUUGGAAGUCCUAUGUAAGGUACUGGGAAGAAUGGGUAUUCUUCUGUGAUGUCCAAGGAUUUCCUUCUUGUGCUGGUGAGCAAGAUUGGCUAUUGCGCUGGCUCGCGGAGCUUAGGACUAAGCUAGCUAAGAAAGGGGCGGUAUCCGCGCGGUUAGCGGCGGUGUCCUUUUUCUGUAAACUAUUCACGCUGACGGACUCUUCCAAAACGUUUUUGAUUCGUCAAAUACUGAGGGGUUGGGGAAGGACGGAAGUGUGGUGUCCGGACAUUAGGGAACCCAUAACGGCGGACAGGUUGGUCCUCCUGCUUCGUGUUCUACCGGAGGUAUGUUCCUCAGACUACGAGGUGCGGCUUUUUUCCGCGGCGUUCGCCAUGGCGUUUCAUGGCGCACUCCGAGUGGGGGAAUUGGUCCCGCAGUCUAAGUUGGCAAAAGUGGGUGAUGUCCUGGCGGAGCACGUCAGGUUUACGGAUAAUGGGGUAUUGCUUUUCAUCCCUCGAUCGAAAGUCGAUCAGGAUGGUAGGGGGGCCUGGCUGUCGCUACCUGCGCACGCGGGUUCCGCCUGCUGCCCGAGUGCCCUGUUGAAGACCUUCUCGGACAGGCGUCCAGUGGGUGCGGUUAGAUUUUUAAGUCAUCAGGAAGGUACUCCCCUUACGAGGUUUCAAUUUCGGAAGGUUUUGGGGUGGGCGGCUAAAAAAGUGGGUUUGAAUCCCAAUACCAUAGCUCCUCACUCAUUUAGGGUUGGAGCUGCUACGACGGCGGCAACUUUAGGCUGGUCGGCUGACCGCAUAAUGGCGCUUGGGAGGUGGAAGUCUAAGAGGUAUCAGAUUUACGUUAGGCCACUUAUAUCCCAAUGUUAAUAUUUGCAGGUUGACAAUGUUGCACAUGGCACUUGGUCAUGAUAUGCCCUAACUCUUGUUUCUCUUGCAGGGCCUAGAAGUGGGCCGCUUCGUGCCUGGAUCGUUGGGCACUCGUUCGUACACUGGGCGGCUAUCCGAGCAGCAUCGCAACCCGGAGGGCAGCAGCUAGGGUUCUCAUUCUCUAGGGUGGUCGUUAGGUGGUUAGGGAGAAGAGGCCUUUGCUGGGCAGAUCUGCCUGGUUUACUGCAAUCCGCCAUGAGGCGGUGGGAGAAACCCCAUGUCCUGAUCAUCCACUUAGAUGGAAAUGAUCUAGGCUCAAUUCCCGGCCGGGAUUUGAGCGCAGUGAUCCAAUCAGAUCUGCGCACCUUUAAAGCUUGGUUGCCUGGUGUGAGAAUGGGCUGGUCAAACAUUAUACCUAGGUUGACGUGGAGACACAUGGCUAAUCAUAGGGCAGCGUUCCAAGUUCGCAAGAAGCUCAAUAGAGAUGUUAGGAAGCUUAUGUGUGAGCUAGGAGGUUUUGUUGUGGAACACAAGUUCAUUACGGCCGCUGACCGGAGCCUGUACCGAGGCGACGGGGUCCAUCUUACGGACCAUGGCAUGGACCUGUUUAUUGCAGAUAUACGACAGUCCCUACUCCUAUUUGUGUGAGUUGGGUGGCGGCGAGAGUGGCCCUUGAUAUUUGGGCGAUCUCGUGGCGGGUGGACAGUGUCCGGGGGCAGGAUGUGAUCGAGGUAGAGUGACGGCACUUCCGGCCAGGGGUGAAGUCCCCAGACGCGCGUCUGGGGUGUUCCCUGCCCGUGUGAUUCCGAUGCCGAGAAUUCCCUGUUUUUCAGUAUUGAGCUACGCUCUGCUUCUUCUCCUGCGCCCUGGUACUGCCCAUCUUGUUAGCAUGGGUUACUACGUUUAGCUAGUACCUGAUUGCCGCCCCCCUGGUCCAUGUUUAUUCAGACGGUCGUUAGUUCUUGUGUUGCCACAAUAAACGUGACCUGCGGGUUUUCUCUAACCAUAAAAAGUUGUUGUGUCGUUAUUUAUUUGGUGUCGUUAUUUAUUUCUACGUUUAGAAACUAAGUUGAGUUUAUGUUAAACCAAGAAUGUAUAUAGUUAUUAAGUUAUUCUUUCCACAGAGGAGGAUAUGGCAUUUAAUCCCUUAAGGAAAUGUAAGGCAAAUUGCCUGGAAUGCACAUAAGGGUUAAGGCCAAGACGGAGGAGGGGAGUGUUGUGUUGUGUGUGUGAAACAAUGUUGCAGAAAGAGAGGAGGGGUUCCAGCUUACCUUUUUAAGCCCAGUACAGGAAGCACAUGUCCUCUUUCUGCUGUUUUUCUCAAAGUUUUCCCCACCCUUUCCCUCCCUUUGUUUAUUAUUUUGCAAUCAGUAGGGGGAUCCGUCCUUAUGGUGGUCCCCAGGGAUUAGGGCUAUCCGAAGGCAUGAUGAGGGCUAACCAGCCUAUUUCUGUAAGCCCAAGGACGUUAAGUUUCAGCUCCCCAGGUAUUUCAAUCUGGUUUUCGCACCUUUUUGAUCCUGGCCCUACUGGUACGGAGUGGUGGUUUGCACCCUGGGCUGGCGGGUGGACAGUGUCCGGGGGCAGGAUGUGAUCGAGGUAGAGUGACGGCACUUCCGGCCAGGGGUGAAGUCCCCAGACGCGCGUCUGGGGUGUUCCCUGCCCGUGUGAUUCCGAUGCCGAGAAUUCCCUGUUUUUCAGUAUUGAGCUACGCUCUGCUUCUUCUCCUGCGCCCUGGUACUGCCCAUCUUGUUAGCAUGGGUUACUACGUUUAGCUAGUACCUGAUUGCCGCCCCCCUGGUCCAUGUUUAUUCAGAAGGUCGUUAGUUCUUGUGUUGCCACAAUAAACGUGACCUGCGGGUUUUCUCUAACCAUAAAAA